AUGGGAUAUGGGCAACCCAAGGCUCACUAUAGCACAGUGGAAGAGGAGGAAGUGCCCAUUCUCUCAUCGAUGCCUUUUGACGUGUCUUCCUUUACAGGUCCACCACAAAAUGAGGAGCAGUUGCGGGAAGCUAUUUCACAAGAAUCCGCCGGUAUCCUCACUGGUGGUCUGGGAGCCGGUCUUAAACCAGGAACCACCAUCACCAGCACGGAUCUCAUGGCAAAUGUGCCCCCUCCCACGCCUACCGGGUUAUCUCGGAGGCUAUCAUUUCGACCGUCCUCAUUUCGUACUCCUUCCGUUCGAAGUCAAGGCCUAGGGAGAACGCCGACGGUUCGAGAACUGGGUCAAAUUGAAGCCAACAAGCGUGGUGAGAUUAUUGAAGUUAUUGUGGAGGAACCUACAAUUGGGGGAACUGGAGAACCUGCAGUGGAUAUUAGCUCUUUUGUUGGCGGGAGCACCUCAACCGUGGACUUCGAUCAUCUCGACUCUGGAAAGCAAAGCCGCAAAAACACCAUGGCCGCUGCAACAGUCGAGAUAUUCUACCCGCAGGCGAAUUGGAAACCCUUCUCAAUGAGAUGGCCAUAUCUAUUGGUUCUCAGCGUACUCUCAGCCGUUCUUGCUGCAGCCCAAGAGUAUCUCUUACAGAAGUCAGACAAAAAACCACUGUACUCGUUCAAGUCUGCAGCGGAGCUCAAAACUUGGGAUUACUUUUCGUUCAAGUAUCUCCCGACUCUGAUCGCCGUCUCGUUUGGUGUUCUGUGGCAAGUUACAGAUUUUGAAGUGAAACGAUUAGAAGCAUAUUACCAGUUAUCUAAAAAGGGAGGUGCAUUAGCUGCGGAGUCAAUCAAUGUCGAUUAUAUUACCUUCUUUAAUUUCCUACGCCCUGUCAGAGCGCUUCGAUUCAAACACUAUGCAGUUGCAGUGUCCUCAAUGGCGACAUUGAUCGCAGUAUCACUUCUUCCAACCUUACAGGCUGCAACCAUAUCACUCACUCCCGAUAGAGCGACACGUGAAGCAAAUGGUGCAGACGGCUUCAAGCACAUCGAAAUUCUUGCUGUCUGGUCUCGGAUGUUAAGCGCGGUCCUAGUCCUGCUCGCCAUUAUGGGAGGUGUGCUGAUCUGGCAGCUCGAGCGGCGCCCCUCUGGUUUGGUGGCUGAUGUCAAAGGGAUUGCUGGUAUCGCAGCCAUGGCGAACAGAAGUCACAUCUUGAUGGAUUUUAAAGAUCUUGACACGUCUCCCCCAGACAUGAUCCACGAAAAGCUCAAAACUCAUCGCUACAGUCUCCGGAAUUCAUCGCUAGCCCCCGAGGAAAGCGUUCCUCUAACGCAAGCCGAGAAAGACAAAUACAACCAGCAAAACUGGGCUGAUAAUCCCCAUCCGCUCAUGCUUCGUCUGAUUGCUGGAAUUCCGUUCAUGAUCGGGAUGAUCCUUUUCAUGAUCGUAAUUCCGAUCAUCCUCUUCGAACCGAAUGCAAAUGUGGUGACCGACAAAGCGCCUUGGUUGCUUACUGUCUUCGCCGUGUGUAUUAAGCUCGCCUGGGGAACUCUUGAAACAGACGUCCGAAUGAUAGAGCCCUUCUAUAUCCUCUCCCUUCGGCACGCGUCACCACGAGUCCUCACACUGGACUACACGGCCAUGGCAUUCGGCUGGUUACCCAUCAAAGCAUUUCUAAAUGGACACGCCCUCGUCGCCCUCGUGGGUCUCGGGUCUGUGCUAGCUGAGGUGUUGACUAUCUGCUCUACGAGCUUCGCAAGCGUAAGCGGAGGCGAUUUCACAGGAGGCCAGCCACCGCCCCCAAACCCAGGAGAGCCGGCUCCUCCCAAUGGCGCAAAUACGGGCGAAGAGACCUUCCACUCCUUUUGGCUGUCGUUCGGUCUGGCAAUAGCAAUCCUCACUUACCUCUGCCUAGUCGCUGCCUUGGUCUACUGGCGCCGCCGUCACCCUUUCCUCCCGCGGCAACCAAAUACCAUUGCUUCAAUCCUGGCGUUCAUUCAUCAGAGUAAGAUGUUGUAUGAUUUUGUAGGGACUGAGAAGAUGAAUAAUGAUGAGAUGGUGCAGAGGUUGGGGAGUAUUGGAAAGACUUAUGGACUCGGGUGGUUCACGGGACGAGAUGGGGAGGUGCAUUGUGGUGUUGAUGAAGAGGAGUUGGUUAGUGCCUACAAGCAUGGUGAUGAUGCUCGGCAGGCAAGUCAGCCUUGGAGAUCGAAUUGGGAAAAUUAUUGA